CAUCAUCUGUGUCUCUAAACUGGAAUGAGCCUAAUGGGAACAGGAGGUACUUUACAGUACAGUGGACUAAUGGCAGUGUGAAUAACAUCAUUUACAGUUCAAACACAUCUUACAUUGUCACUGGUCUGACUGCUGGAGUGAACUAUACAUUCACUGUUAGUGCAGUUGCUGCAGAUACCCAAACUACAGGAGCACCAACUCAAAUCAUAGCAUUCACAAAUCCGGAUGUUGUCACCAAUCUCAUUGUCUCUAACAAAACCACAUCAUCUGUGUCUCUAAACUGGAAUGAGCCUAAUGGGAACAGGAGGUACUUUACAGUACAGUGGAAUGAUGGCAGUGGGAAUAACAUCAUUAACGCAUCCUACACUGUCACUGGACUCACUGCUGGAGUAAAAUACACAUUCACUGUUACUGCAGUUGCUGCAGAUAACCAAACUACAGGAGCACCAACUAAAAUCUCAGCAUCCACAAGUCCAGAUGUUGUCAACAAUUUAAUUGUAUCUAACAAAACCAUAUCAUCUGUGUCUCUAAACUGGAAUGAGCCUAAUGGGAGCAGGUCCUACUUUAUAAUACAGUGGACUGAUGUCAGUGGAAAUAACAUCAUUAACAGUUCAAACACAUAUUACAAUGUCACUGGUCUGACUGCUGGAUUGAACUACACAUUCACUGUUACUGCAGUUGCUACAGAUAACCAAACUACAGGAGCAUCAACUCAAAUCUCAGCAUUCACAAAGCCAGAUGUUGUCACCAAUCUUACUGUCUCCAACAAAACCACAUCAUCUGUGUCUCUAAACUGGAAUGAGCCUAAUGGGAACAGGUCCUACUUUACAGUACAGUGGACUGGUGGCAGUGUGAAUAACAUCAUUAACACUUCAGACACAUCUUACACUGUCACUGGUCUGACUGCUGGAGUCAAAUACAUUUUCACUGUUACUGCAGUUGCUGUAGAUAAGCAAACUACAGGAUCACCAACUCAAAUCUCAGCAUUCACAAAUCCGGAUGCUGUUACCAAUCUUACUGUCUCUAACAAAACCACAUCAUCUGUGUCUCUAACCUGGAAUGAGCCGCCUGGGAAUAAGUCUUACUUUAUAUUAAGAUGGACUGGUGGCAGUUUGAAUAAGAGCAUUAACAUUUCCACCACAUCUUACAAUGUUACUGGUCUGACUGCUGGAGUGAAUUACACAUUCACUGUUACUGCAUUUGCUGGAGAUGGGCAAAAUGGAGGAGCAACAACUCAAAUCUCAGCAUUCACAAACCCAGACAUUGUCAGCAAUCUAAGUGUAUCUAACAAAACCACAUCAUCUGUGUCUCUAAACUGGAAUGAGCCUAAUGGGUACAGGUCCUACUUUACAGUACAGUGGAAUAAUGGCAGUGUGAAUAACAUCAUUAACAGUUUAAUCACAUCUUACACUGUCACUGGUCUGACUGCUGGAGUGAACUAUACAUACACUGUUAGUGCAGUUGCUGCAGAUACCCAAACUACAGGAUCACCAACUCAAAUCUCAGCAUUCACAAAGCCAGAUGUUGUCACCAAUCUUACUGUCUCCAACAAAACCACAUCAUCUGUGUCUCUAAACUGGAAUGAACCAAAUGGGAACAGGUCCUACUUUACAGUACAGUGGACUGGUGGCAGUGUGAAUAAUAGCAGUAACACUUCAGACACAUAUUACACUGUCACUGGUCUGACUGCUGGAGUGAAAUACACAUUCACUGUUACUGCAGUUGCUGCAGAUAACCAAACUACAGGAGCACCAACUCAAAUCUCAGCAUUCACAACACCAGAUGUCAUCACCAGACUUAUUGUCUAUAACACAACCACAUCAUCUGUGUUUUUAACUUGGAAUGCAUCAGUUGGAAACUUUACAGUACAGUGGACUGGUGGCAGUGUGAAAAACAGCAGUAACACUUCAGACACAUCUUACACUGUCACUGGUCUGACUGCUGGAGUGAAAUACACAUUCACUGUUACUGCAGUUGCUGCAGAUAACCAAACUACAGGAGCACCAACUCAAAUCUCAGCAUUCACAAGUCCAGAUGUUGUCAACAAUUUUAUUGUAUCUAACAAAACCAUAUCAUCUGUGUCUCUAAACUGGAAUGAGCCUAAUGGGAGCAGGUCCUACUUUAUAAUACAGUGGACUGAUGUCAGUGGAAAUAACAUCAUUAACAGUUCAAACACAUAUUACAAUGUCACUGGUCUGACUGCUGGAUUGAACUACACAUUCACUGUUACUGCAGUUGCUACAGAUAACCAAACUGCAGGAGCAUCAACUCAAAUCUCAGCAUCCACAAAGCCAGAUGUUGUGACCAAUCUUACUGUCUCCAACAAAACCACAUCAUCUGUGUCUCUAAACUGGAAUGAGCCUAAUGGAAACAGGUCCUACUUUACAGUACAGUGGACUGGUGGCAGUGUGAAUAACAUCAAUAACACUUCAGACACAUCUUACACUGUCACUGGUCUGACUGCUGGAGUGAAAUACAUUUUCACUGUUACUGCAGUUGCUGUAGAUAAGCAAACUACAGGAGGAUCAACUCAAAUCUCAGCAUUCACAAAUCCGGAUGCUGUUUCCAAUCUUACUGUCUCUAACAAAACCACAUCAUCUGUGUCUCUAACCUGGAAUGAGCCGCCUGGGAAUAAGUCUUACUUUAUAUUAAGAUGGACUGGUGGCAGUUUGAAUAAGAGCAUUAACAUUUCCACAACAUCUUACAAUGUUACUGGUCUGACUGCUGGAGUGAAUUACACAUUCACUGUUACUGCAUUUGCUGGAGAUGGGCAAAAUGGAGGAGCAACAAUUCAAAUCUCAGCAUUUACAAAUCCAGAUAUUGUCAGUAUUCUCAGUAUCUCUAACAAAACCACAUCAUCUCUGUAUCUAACUUGGAAUGAGCCAAAUGGGAACAGGUCCUACUUUACAGUACAGUGGAUAAAUGGCAGUGUGAAUAACAUCAUUAACAGUUCAAACACAUAUUACAAUGUCACUGGUCUGACUGCUGGAUUGAACUACAUGUUCACUGUUACUGCAGUUGCUGCAGAUAACCAAACUACAGGAGCACCAACUCAAAUCUCAGCAUUCACAAACCCAGACAUUGUCACCAAUCUAAGUGUAUCUAACAAAACCACAUCAUCUGUGUCUCUAACCUGGAAUGAGCCUAAUGGGUACAGGUCCUACUUCACAGUACAGUGGAAUAAUGGCAGUGUGAAUAACAUCAUUAACAGUUCAAUCACAUCUUGCACUGUCACUGGUCUGACUGUUGGAGUGAACUAUACAUUCACUGUUACUGCAGUUGCUGCAGAUACCCAAACUACAGGAUCACCAACUCAAAUCUCAGCAUUCACAAAACCUGAUGUUAUAAGUGACCUCAGUGUGACUGAAAUCACUAUAAGAUCAUUGUUUCUGAACUGGACUGAACCAAUAGGAAAAAGUUCUUUCUUUAAAGUACAGUGGAGCAAUAACAUCACUUUAAAUUCAGCAACCUCAAACACUUUCUAUAACAUUACUAAUCUCAAUCCUGGAGUCAAUUACACCAUCCUGAUAUCUGCUGUUGCUGCAGAUAAUAUAACAGAAGGAGGAGCAAUUGUUUAUUCUGUCUUUACAAAGCCUGACACUGUUAGUAUCCUCACAGCAGUUAAUGUUACAACCUCCUCUAUAUUACUGUACUGGAUUAAGGCAAUGGGGGAAAUCUCCUAUUAUGUAGUCCAAUAUGAUCAUUUCAGUAGAAACAUCAGCACGACUACUGAAUUCACCAUGAUUAACAUAACUAAUCUGACUCCUGGAGUGCAGUACACGUUCAAAGUGUUUGCAGUUGUUGCAGAUAAUAAAACAAAAGGAAAUUCCAACUACAUUUCUGCCUACACAAAACCUGAUGUAGUGAAAGACCUGAAUGUGACUGAAAUCACAACAAGCUCAUUGUUUCUGAACUGGACUGAACCAAUAGGAAAAAGAUCUUUCUUUAAAGUACAAUGGAGCAAUAACAUCACUUUAAAUUCAACAACCUCAAACACUUUCUAUAACAUUUUGAAUCUCAAUCCUGGAGUCAAUUACACCAUCCUGAUAUCUGCUGUUGCUGCAGAUAAUAUAACAGAAGGAGGAGCAAUUGGUCUGUCAGUGUUUACAAAGCCUGACACUGUUAGUAACCUCACAGCAGUUAAUGUUACAACCUCCUCUAUAUUACUGUACUGGAUUAAGGCAAUGGGGGAAAUCUCCUAUUAUGUAGUCCAAUAUAAUAAUUUCAGUACAAACAUCAGCAUGACUACUGAACUCACCAGGAUUAACAUUACUAAUCUGACUCCUGGAGUGCAGUACACGUUCAAAGUGCUUGCAGUUGUUGCAGAUAAUAAAACAAAAGGAAAUUCCAGCUACAUUUCUGCCUACACAAAACCUGAUGUAGUGAAAGACCUGAAUGUGACUGAAAUCACAACAAACUCAUUGUUUCUGAACUGGACUGAACCAAUAGGAAUAAGAUCUUUCUUUAAAGUACAGUGGAGCAAUAACAUCACUUUAAAUUCAACAACCUCAAACACUUUCUAUAACAUUACUAAUCUCAGUCCUGGAGUCAAUUACACCAUCCUGAUAUCUGCUGUUGCUGCAGAUAAUAUAACAGAAGGAGGAGCAAUCAGUCAUUCGGUCUUUACAAAGCCUGACACUGUUAGUAACCUCACAGCAGUUAAUGUUACAACCUCCUCUAUAUUACUGUACUGGAUUAAGGCAAUGGGGGAAAUCUCCUAUUAUGUAGUCCAAUAUGAUGAUUUCAGUAGAAACAUCAGCACAACUACUGAAUUCACCAUGAUUAACAUAAAUAAUCUGACUCCUGGAGUGCAGUACACGUUCAAAGUGUUUGCAGUUGUUGCAGAUAAUAAAACAGAAGGAAAUUCCAACUACAUUUCUGCCUACACAAAACCUGAUGUAGUGAAAGACCUGAAUGUGAUUGAAAUCACAACUAGAUCAUUGUUUCUAAACUGGACUGAACCAUUAGGAAUAAGAUAUUUCUUUAAAGUACAAUGGAGCAAUAACAUCACUUUAAAUUCAACAACCUCAAACACUUUCUAUAACAUUACUAAUCUCAGUCCUGGAGUCAAUUACACCAUCCUGAUAUCUGCUGUUGCUGCAGAUAAUAUAACAGAAGGAGGAGCAAUUGGUCAUUCAGUGUUUACAAAGCCUGACACUGUUAGUAAUCUCACAGCAGUUAAUGUUACAACCUCCUCUAUAUUACUGUACUGGAUUAAGGCAAUGGGGGAAAUCUCCUAUUAUGUAGUCCAGUAUGAUAAUUUCAGUACAAACAUCAGCACGACUACUGAACUCACCAUGAUUAACAUAACUAAUCUGACUCCUGGAGUGCAGUACACGUUCAAAGUGUUUGCAGUUGUUGCAGAUAAUAAAACAAAAGGAAAUUGCAGCUACAUUUCUGCCUACACAAAACCUGAUGUAAUGAAAGACCUGAAUGUGAUUGAAAUCACAACAAGAUCAUUGUUUCUGAACUGGACUGAACCAAUAGGAAAAAGAUCUUUCUUUAAAGUACAAUGGAGCAAUAACAUCACUUUAAAUUCAACAACCUCAAACACUUUCUAUAACAUUACUAAUCUCAGUCCUGGAGUCAAUUACACCAUCCUGAUAUCUGCUGUUGCUGCAGAUAAUAUAACAGAAGGAGGAACAAUUGGUCUGUCAGUGUUUACAAAGCCUGACACUGUUAGUAACCUCACAGCUGUUAAUAUUACAACCUCCUCUAUAUUACUGUACUGGAUUAAGGCAAUGGGGGAAAUCUCCUAUUAUGUAGUCCAAUAUGAUAAUUUCAGUACAAACAUCAGCACGACUACUGAACUCACCAUGAUUAACAUAACUAAUCUGAUUCCUGGAGUGCAGUACACGUUCAAAGUGUUUGCAGUUGUUGCAGAUAAUAAAACAAAAGGAAAUUCCAGCUACAUUUCUGCCUACACAAAACCUGAUGUAGUGAAAGACCUGAAUGUGACUGAAAUCACAACAAGAUCAUUGUUUCUGAACUGGACUGAACCAAUAGGAAAAAGAUCUUUCUUUAAAGUACAAUGGAGCAAUAACAUCACUUUAAAUUCAACAACCUCAAACACUUUCUAUAACAUUACUAAUCUCAGUCCUGGAGUCAAUUACACCAUCCUGAUAUCUGCUGUUGCUGCAGAUAAUAUAACAGAAGGAGGAGCAAUUGGUCGUUCAGUCUAUACAAAACCUGAUUUUGUAAGACAUCUGAAUGUAACUGAAAUCACAACAAGCUCAUUGUUUCUGAACUGGACUGAACCAAUUGGAAAAAGAUCUUUCUUUAAAGUACAAUGGAGCAAUAACAUCACUUUAAAUUCAACAACUUCCAACACUUUCUAUAACAUUACUAAUCUCAGUCCUGGAGUCAAUUACACCAUCCUGAUAUCUGCUGUUGCUGCAGAUAAUAUAACAGAAGGAGGAGCAAUUGGUCGUUCAGUGUUUACAAAGCCUGACACUGUUAGUAACCUUGCAGCAGUUAAUGUUACAACCUCCUCUAUAUUACUGUACUGGAUUAAGGCAAUGGGGGAAAUCUCCUAUUAUGUAGUCCAAUAUGAUAAUUUCAGUACAAACAUCAGCACGACUACUGAACUCACCAGGACUAACAUAACUAAUCUGACUCCUGGAGUGCAGUACACAUUCAAAGUGUUUGCAGUUGUUGCAGAUAAUAAAACAGAAGGAAAUUCCAACUACAUUUCUGCCUACACAAAACCUGAUUUUGUAAGACACCUAAAUGUGAUUGAAAUCACAACAAGCUCAUUGUUUCUGAACUGGACUGAACCAAUAGGAAAAAGAUCUUUCUUUAAAGUACAGUGGAGCAAUAACAUCACUUUAAAUUCAACAACCUCAAACUUUUUCUAUAACAUUACUAAUCUCAGUCCUGGAGUCAAUUACACCAUCCUGAUAUCUGCUGUUGCUGCAGAUAAUAUAACAGAAGGAGGAACAAUUGGUCUUUCAGUGUUUACAAAGCCUGACACUGUUAGUAACUUUGCAGCAGUUAAUGUUACAACCUCCUCUAUAUUACUGUACUGGAUUAAGGCAAUGGGGGAAAUCUUCUAUUAUGUAGUCCAAUAUAAUAAUUUCAGUACAAACAUCAGCACGACUACUGAACUCACCAUGAUUAACAUAACUAAUCUGAUUCCUGGAGUGCAGUACACGUUCAAAGUGUUUGCAGUUGUUGCAGAUAAUAAAACAAAAGGAAAUUGCAGCUACAUUUCUGCCUACACAAAACCUGAUGUAGUGAGAGACCUGAAUGUGAUUGAAAUCACAACAAGAUCAUUGUUUCUGAACUGGACUGAACCAAUAGGAAAAAAAUCUUUCUUUAAAGUACAAUGGAGCAAUAACAUCACUUUAAAUUCAACAACCUCCAACACUUUCUAUAACAUUACUAAUCUCAGUCCUGGAGUCAAUUACACCAUCCUGAUAUCUGCUGUUGCUGCAGAUAAUAUAACAGAAGGAGGAGCAAUUGGUCGUUCAGUGUUUACAAAGCCUGACACUGUUAGUAACCUUGCAGCAGUUAAUGUUACAACCUCCUCUAUAUUACUGUACUGGAUUAAGGCAAUGGGGGAAAUCUCCUAUUAUGUAGUCCAAUAUGAUAAUUUCAGUACAAACAUCAGCACGACUACUGAACUCACCAUGAUUAACAUAACUAAUCUGACUCCUGGAGUGCAGUACACGUUCAAAGUGUUUGCAGUUGUUACAGAUAAUAAAACAGAAGGAAAUUCCAGCUACAUUUCUGCCUACACAAAACCUGAUGUAGUGAAAGACCUGAAUGUGAUUGAAAUCACAACAAGCUCAUUGUUUCUGAACUGGACUGAACCAAUAGGAAAAAGAUCUUUCUUUAAAGUACAGUGGAGCAAUAACAUCACUUUAAAUUCAACAACCUCAAACACUUUCUAUAACAUUACUAAUCUCAGUCCUGGAGUCAAUUACACCAUACUGAUAUCUGCUGUUGCUGCAGAUAAUAUAACAGAAGGAGGAACAAUUGUUCAUUCAGUGUUUACAAAGCCUGACACUGUUAGUAACCUUGCAGCAGUUAAUGUUACAACCUCCUCUAUAUUACUGUACUGGAUUAAGGCAAUGGGGAAAAUCUCCUAUUAUGUAGUCCAAUAUGAUAAUUUCAGUACAAACAUCAGCACGACUACUGAACUCACCAUGAUUAACAUAACUAAUCUGAUUCCUGGAGUGCAGUACACGUUCAAAGUGUUUGCAGUUGUUGCAGAUAAUAAAACAGAAGGAAAUUCCAGCUACAUUUCUGCCUACACAAAACCUGAUGUAGUGAAAGACCUGAAUGUGAUUGAAAUCACAACAAGAUCAUUGUUUCUGAACUGGACUGAACCAAUAGGAAAAAGAUCUUUCUUUAAAGUACAAUGGAGCAAUAACAUCACUUUAAAUUCAACAACCUCAAACACUUUCUAUAACAUUACUAAUCUCAGUCCUGGAGUCAAUUACACCAUCCUGAUAUCUGCUGUUGCUGCAGAUAAUAUAACAGAAGGAGGAGCAAUUGGUCGUUCAGUCUAUACAAAACCUGAUUUUGUAAGACAUCUGAAUGUAACUGAAAUCACAACAAGCUCAUUGUUUCUGAACUGGACUGAACCGAUAGGAAAAAGUUCUUUCUUUAAAGUACAAUGGAGCAAUAACAUCACUUUAAAUUCAACAACUUCCAACACUUUCUAUAACAUUACUAAUCUCAGUCCUGGAGUCAAUUACACCAUCCUGAUAUCUGCUGUUGCUGCAGAUAAUAUAACAGAAGGAGGAGCAAUUGGUCAUUCAGUGUUUACAAAACCUGAUGUAGUGAGAGACCUGAAUGUGACUGAAAUCACAACAAGAUCAUUGUUUCUGAACUGGACUGAACCAAUAGGAAAAAGAUCUUUCUUUCGAGUACAGUGGAGCAAUGACAGCAGCUAUUUAAAUUCAACAACCUCAAACACUUUCUAUAACAUUUUGAAUCUCAGUCCUGGAGUCAAUUACACCAUCCUGAUAUCUGCUGUCGCUGCAGAUAAUAUAACAGAAGGAGGAGCAAUUGGUCGUUCAGUCUAUACAAAGCCUGACACUGUUAGCAUCCUCACAGCAGUUAAUGUUACAACAUCAUCUGUAUUUCUGUACUGGAUUAAGGCAAUGGGGAAAAUCUCCUAUUAUGUAGUCCAAUAUGAUAAUUUCAUCAUAUCUACUGAAUUCACCAUGAUUAACAUAACUAAUCUGACUCCUGGAGUGCAGUACACGUUCAAAGUGUUUGCAGUUGUUGCAGAUAAUAAAACAAAAGGAAAUUCCAGCUACAUUUCUGCCUACACAAAACCUGAUGUAGUGAGAGACCUGAAUGUAACUGAAAUCACAACAAGAUCAUUGUUUCUGAACUGGACUGAACCAAUAGGAAAAAGCUCUUUCUUUAAAGUUCAAUGGAGCAAUAACAUCACUUUAAAUUCAACAACCUUAAACACUUUCUAUAACAUUACUAAUCUCAUUCCUGGAGUCAAUUACACCAUCCUGAUAUCUGCUGUUGCUGCAGAUAAUAUAACAGAAGGAGGAGCAAUUGGUCGUUCAGUCUAUACAAAGCCAGAUAUUGUGAGAAAUCUCAAGACCUCAGAAGUUACAACUACAUCUGUAUUCCUGAGCUGGACUGAACCAUUAGGAAAAAUAUCUUUCUUUAGAGUACAGUGGAUAAACAGCAGUACAACAACAUCUGCAACUUCCUUUAACAUCACUGGUCUAACACCUGGAACAAAUUACACAUUUACAGUCUCAGCUGUUGCUGAUGAUAAUAAAACAGAGGGAUCAGUGGUUGGCCUUUCCAUUUGCACAGGUACAAGUCCUGUCUUUAACAUAAGCUGUGUUGGACCAAAUCGUACUGCAGCAGCUUUGAAUUUAACAUGGACGAAUCCUCCAGGCAACAACCAAGGAUUCAACAUCAAUCUCAAUUCUGCAUUCAGCAACUUUACUCCUUUUUGCAAUCCUGUCUGUAACUAUUUUAUUUCUAAUAACCUCCAAUACUUCAACACUUACAAUCUGACUAUUUCAACCCUUGGAUGUGGUGAGAUUGGCUCACUGGACUUUCAGUGCAGAACAGGCGUUACAGAUCCACCGGUUCCAAGUAAACCAGAAGAUGUAAAAAUAGAAGUCACUCCAGUUAGCCAGACUGCAGUAACCCUACAAUUCAGUAGCAACCUUCUGAAUACUACUAAUGGACCAAUUGAAGCCUAUGGUGUUCUGCUGUCAACUAAUCCUCAAAGUAACAACUCCAAGGAUUUCUUGACACGGACCUAUAAUAAUUGGUCACAAGACGACACCAAGCCUUAUAUCACAGUUUUAAAAUUAAAUGAAGAAACUACCAGAAGCAGCUUUAUAACUGUUAAAAUUGGUGAUAAAAAUGACUCAGAUUUUAAUACAAUCUAUAAAAACUACCCUCUGCACAAUCAGGAAUACUGGGUAGCCCUGGUUUUGUUCACUUACCUUAAAAUUAAAGACAAUCUUGUGGACCCCCAGCAAUCAAUCUGCUCCGUAACACCUUUUUCCAGUACAACUGCAAGACCACUUCCACCAAAAACUAUAAUUUUUUUGUGGGUGCUGUUGCCUGUUAUCCUUAUUGUGAUCAUCAUCAUCGCUGUCCUCAUCAUACAGAAAAAACGAAAAACCAAAGAAUAUACAGAUAUUCCUGUCAACAAUUUAAGAAGUAAAAUUAGCAUUCCUGUGAGGGUGGAGGAGUUUGAGGCAUAUUUCAAAAAGCAGCAGUUGGAUUCCAAUUGUGGCUUUGCUGAACAGUAUGAGGAUCUUAAGGUUGUUGGAACUGCUCAAACCAAGAAUAGUGCCCUUGCUAUGGAGAACAAAGGAAAGAAUCGCUACAACAAUGUACUACCUUAUGAUUCUUCAAGAGUUAAAUUAUCAAUACAUGGCAGUCCAACUGAUGACUACAUCAAUGCAAACUAUAUUUCAGGUUACAACUCAAAGAAGGAGUACAUAGCAGCUCAGGGCCCACUACCGGCUACUGUGAAUGAGUUUUGGAGAAUGAUCUGGGAAAAGAAUGCUCAUACUAUAGUCAUGCUGACCAAGUGCUAUGAGCAAGGACGUGUUAAAUGUGAGAAAUACUGGCCAGCAGAAAACAAGCCGUACAACAAUAUUCUUGUGACAACAACAUCAGAAAUUGAACUGGAAGACUGGACUAUCAGAGAUUUCAGAAUCAAGAAUGUGAAAACAGCAGAGACACGGGAUGUUCGUCAAUUCCAUUUUACAGCCUGGCCCGAUCACGGCGUGCCAGAGACCACAGAGGUACUUAUUAACUUCAGACACUUGGUCAGAGAGCACAUGGACAACUUCUCCCGGAACGCUCCUGCCGUGGUGCACUGCAGUGCUGGUGUGGGGAGGACUGGGACUUUAAUUGCCCUCGAUCACUUGAUCUUUCAGAUUGAGCGGGAAAGCAUGGUAGACAUUUAUGGAAUUAUUUAUAACAUGCGCAUGCACAGACCGCUGAUGGUUCAGACUGAGGACCAAUACGUGUUCUUAAGCCAAUGUGCUUCUGACAUCAUUAAAUCAAGAAUGGGCACCAAUGUGGACCUAAUUUACCAGAAUGCAGCAGCAUUCUCAAUCUAUGAAAAUGUGCAGAGAUGAAGAAUGAAGACAUUAAGUGGAAAUGGAUUUCAGGUGACACUUAGCUUGGAAUUAGAAUGGCUGGAAAAUUUUUGUAGGAUUUUGAAAAAACUGUGUGAGCCAUUUCUUUAUUUAACUGAAUGUCACAACGACUUUACAGAUCUCUGACAAAUAUUCUUUUGCAGUUUGCUUUAAAUUAUUAUGAUUUAGCUUGGUCUUUGUUUGCCCUUGAUUGUGAGACAAUGACAAUGUACUUGGAUAUAUUUUUCAUAAAAGUGUCUAGUUGAGCAAGAAAUAUAUGAAAAAUUAUGUAUAUUUGUAAAUUAUGAAAUUUUGUACAGUUAAUACACAUUAAGACAUUUUAGAAUUGAAUUAUAGACUUGCUUUUUUCUAUUUUUUUAUUUUCAAAAGAAUUGUACACUUUUUAUUGUCAUUUUUACACAUAUAUUUAUGAAUUCAGUAAUCACACUGGACACUUUCUUGUAUUUGUCUGUGACAGCCAGACCAUACAUAACACAAUAAGUUGCAUUCUAUUGCAGAAGAUCAGUAGCUAUCCAGAUAUGCUGGUCUAUAUGCUGGACAAUGUGACAUUAAAGAUCAGAGAGUUCAGAGAGUUUCAUUUGAAACCUUAUAAAAGGGCACAAAAACAUUUCAUUUUAAAGCUUUAUGACAUAAUAAAUAACAUAAAUCAUUGGACAGCAAAGCUGUAGAAUAAUGUAAGUUCAAAUCAAUAUGCGUAUUAUGAGGUCAUUAUUACCUUUAUAGAGUGUUGUCUUUUAUCCAUUGUGGGGAAAACGUCUUGGUUUCUUGAUUUGACUUCAGCUCUUCAGCUCAUUCCGUAAUUAAAGAUACAGAUGAUAGAUACCAACACUUAUUAGGUAUCUACGAAAGCUCUAUUUUUAGAAUCGAACAUAAUGAUGAUUUAUCUUCCAGUUUAGCUCAAAACGGUGCCUACAAAGGUUAAUACUAAGAGUAAGCAUGUAGUACUUUUAUGAUGCACAUGAAAAGAAUGUAAAUAAAUCUGAAGCAUUUUAUAUCCAGACACUGGGUGUUUACAUUGCACAUAAUUGAUGGCAUAUGCUAAAACCUUAGAAAAUAAAUAAAACAGUAAGUGAAGUCAUCCAAAAGAACUAAUGUUCAAAUAUGAUUUUCUAUUAUAUGGCGUUUUAUUGCCCCAGAAAAAAAAUCACCAAGAAAUUCAUUUUGGCAAUUAAAGGGGGCGCUGUUUAAUUGCUAAAAUAGAAACUUGAGCAUGCACUAAUCCAUAAACUGUGCACUUAUCUAUUGUGCUGUAGCAUUUUGCUGAAGUGUCAGUCUAUAGUAGAUACAAAAAUAAAUUAUUAUAGUAUGUUCCUUCUCUGUUACUGUAGGAUCAAAUGACUGAUAUUUUACAGGAUGAAAUGAAUAAAUGAAAUGGUACUGCAAUCAAACAGUUCACAUGCACAUGUAUAUAUAUAUAUAUAUAUAUAUAUAUAUAUAUAUAUAUAUAUAUAUAUAUAUAUAUAUAUAUAUAUAUAUUAGGGGUGUAACGGUAAACGGUGUAACGGUAAACGGUGUAACUGUAAACGGUGUAACGGGAAACAAUUUUUUAUUAACGCAGUUUAUUAUCACUGAUCAUCAACAUUUGAACAGUUAACAUUUUUUAAACAAUUUUAAAUAAAUUGGUGUAAUGGAGACGGAUGAUCCGCUGUGGCGACCCCUAAGACAAAAGAUUAAAUUGAAUAACCAAUUAAAUUGGCAAAAUGAAAAGAAAAAUAUAUUAAAUAGUUUACAUUUGUUAGACCCUAUUUGGGUAAUACAGAUAUGUAUAUGUGUAUUUUUUUUUUAGUUUUCUAAAGAUAUGAUUUACAUAACUGUUCUACUUAUUUCAGUAUAUAUUAACAAAUGUCUUCAAUCCUUCCACCCUUCAUUAUUUACUCCCACGAUAUGCAGAAUUGUCAGGAUUUUCUCCUUUUAGGAGAAAUUACUUAAGCUGGACAUAAAACGCUAAAUAAUCAAUAGUGUUAGCCGCUGAACAGAAAGUGCUGGAUUAGCUAGCGCUAUGGAUUUAAUAUUUCUUUAUUUUUCAACUUUUCGUUUUAUUUUCCUGCAUAUAACUAUGCUUGUGCUAAAUAAAAAAUCUUGAUUCUUGAAUCCAUUGAGCUAGAGUUAGUCAUUAGCCACUUCCUGGUUAGCGGCUAUGCUAGCGCUACUGAUUCUUUAGUGUUUUCAUGCAUGUGCAUAACAAAUUUGAUUUCCGGUAUGGAGUAAGUAACCACAGUGACACUGCGCUAACUUUAGUUUCUUUUUUCUACCCCUGGCAUUGUUGUAUAUUUUGAAGUUUUAAAAUAAUAAUAAUAAAAAAACCUCAAAGUGCGAGGCAGAGACUAAACAAACUCGCGUUCCGCCUCUUAAUACGUUCCAGAAAAAACUCAGAUUUUAACUAUUUUCCGCACGUAAAAAGGAUUGCAUUCAGUACACCACCGAACCGAAAGCCCUAUUCGGUGUGAAUACGUGUACCGUUGCCCCACCUAUAUAUAUAUAUAUAUAUAUAUAUAUAUAUAUAUAUAUAUAUAUAUAUAUAUAUAUAUAUAUAUAUACACACACACACAUUAAUAAAUGAACACAUAUAUUAGGCUCUAUUGGUGAGCCUGCAAUUAUUGAAUGCUUUUUAAACAGGCUUGUGCAAUAUUAUAUUUGGUGGUUUCAUGUCAGUUUAGAUUUCUAGUAGAUUAUUUUGUAGGAUAUUUUUUAAUUCUUUGAAAGUUUUAUUAAAGAUGUUUAGUUUUGCAAUACAGAUUUUUGAUUAUUCAUUUUUAAGCAUUGUUAUUGUUUUUUCUAAGUCAUCUUUUCAUUGUUUAUAUUUCUGCCAAAGAUAUUUUGAUUAUCGACAUCUGUGAUUUAAACAAGUGCCAAUAAACACGUGAAACUGUGUUUUGGAAAGCGCUCAUUGAAAAAAUGGAAAUUCAGAAAUGUAUUAUGUCUCAGCUUAUUUAAAAAAAUAUAAUGCACUUUUCCUUAUUUUUUCCACCAGAAAAAGAUUCAGAUGAUUUUUUUUAUUGGAAUAACAUUAAAACAAUGUGAUGUAUCAACAAUAUUAAAAAUUCUGUAUUUUUUUAUUUUAUUUUACAGUAUUUGUAUGAACUAUGUAGUCGAAACUGUAAGUGCAAAAUUGUUCCCUCCUAUACAGAGUGAUUCUAUAGAGCUCAAAGGUUGUAGUCAUUAAACUAUAAAAAGGAAACUGG